AUUAGACAGACCAUAUCGUGCUGCGUUUUUUUUAUCGGAUGAAAUAUAAAAAAUCAGUGAUGGUGUUUGAAAGUUUGGUUUCGCUUUACUGAAUUGUCAAGGUAGUCCCAAGGUAGCCGAAAAAAUUGAUUAUCCGUUGACCUAUAUCACGAAAGUGUCAAUGAAAAUCGAUUUGAACGAUCUCAACCACACAAUUUAGAAUGACUGUAAUAUUUCUCAGUGGAGCUAGCACAGUUCAAUCAGGCAAUAAUCAGACGACACUGUCCAAACUUCAAAAUCUUCGUUACCUAUUCUUGAAAAAAAUCUCGAACCUUAAUUUGGCGAACCAGGAACACAGUGGUGUCGACUCCAAGAGAUAAAUGUAUUGAAAAUCCCACGUUUUCUAACAAUCUUCACACAAACACGGAAACCUCAAGAAUUCGCCCAUUCAAAAUGCAUAUAGAAGUACAAGUAGCACUGAAUUUCGUUAUCUCGUACCUGUACAACAAACUACCAAGGAGGAGGGUCAACAUAUUCGGAGAGGAGCUGGAGAAGGCACUCAAGGACAAAUUUCAAGGACACUGGUACCCCGAGAAACCGUACAAAGGCUCUGCAUUCAGAUGCUUGAAGACCGGCGACCCCAUAGACAAAGUCUUGGAGCGUGCAGCUAAGGAGAGCGGGGUCCCCAUCCAGGACAUCCUAGAGAACCUCCCCCAGGAGUUGGCAGUCUGGGUGGACCCAGGCGAGGUGAGCUACAGGAUCGGCGAGAAGGGAGCCGUGAAAGUCCUCUUCAGCGACAAAUCCGAUCCCCAAGACGAGCACUCGGCCGAUAGAGAAGUCACCAAGACCUUCAACCCUGAAGCGCAAUGCUUCAGGCCGAUUGAGUCCGUCAGCUGCAGUCUGGGCAACCUCAGCCUCUCCCCCAAGAGCAUCACACCAUAUGGUUCCUCCAACAUCCACCAGCAGAACCAAAUGGGCCCCCAGAUGCCGGUAUCGGUGCCGGUCUCCAACGCUGUGCAGAACGUGGCUCCAUCUCAGAACAACCUGACGCUUACGCUUACCAAUCCGGUGAAUCACCUGGCCUCUUCGUCGGCGGCACCGUCGCCAACAUCUGGAGGCAAUUCUUACAAGGGUAGUCCAUCGCCGGUAACGGCUUUUAUACCAAGAAGCACUGCACCACUAACUUUUACCACGGCGACGUUCGCGCAGACAAAGUUUGGCAGUACAAAGUUGAAGACCAGCAGCAAGAGGGCUAAUAGGAUGUCACCGACCGAGUUCUCCAACUACAUCAAGCAGCGGGCAGCGAUGCAACAGCAGGUGCACCAACCUCCCCAACAGCACCACUCUCCGAACGGUCGCGCCCUCUCUCCAGACGCCUCGAACUACUACUUUCCCCACGGGCCGUACGGCCCUCACCAACAGUACACUCAUCGUUCUAUGAUAGAGUCUUCCAACCAGUACCUCAGCCCGGACCUGUAUCCCAGCAAGCUGCCCUACGACCCUUCGUCCUCCGUGGGGCCCUACUUCCCAGCCAACAACGGCUCGAGCUCAGUGGCGCCCCCUUCGGCACCCACCACACCUCAAGACAACGGAAAACUGAUGGACAACAGUUGGCCGUACCCCAAUGCCGGUCAGUACCAACACCUGUUGGUCGCAAAUUGAGGUUAGAGGCAAGUCCCGUCAGAUUGGUAGCUUUUGAAUCGUAUAAACUUGGAACUGGCUCCGCUAGGGUCGUCGCAUCACAAAACUAACCUCACUCGACCUCUGACAACUGUCACUGUCAAAUUUGACGUUUGUUUGCAAGUCUACCAACUGCGAUUCUAGGGGAGAAUCGACACAUAGAGAAAGAGAGCUAGUUUCAAGUUGAUACGGAUGUGAAGCGAAUCAGAGACAGCAAUUCUUCUUCUUCUUUAUGUGGGAGGGAGGAUGAUUGUGGUCUCAGGUAUCGAAGUGUUGAAAUUUCGACGUUUUUAUAUUAUAAAAUCGAGAAUCCUUGCUUGAUAAUAUAGUUUUUUUAUAAAAAAAAUCGUAGUGAUAGUAAAAAAUUAGAUGUUUCUUACUUUAUAAACUGGUGUUUACAGUAUUCUCGUAGGAUAGAGUGUUUUCUAAAUUUUUUUAUAUGUAUGUAUUUUUUAUUUUUGUAUAAAAGGCUCAAGCUGACAUCUAGUCUCAAACAUAAAAUAAAGAGUUAAGUUGGCAUAUCAUCGGAUACAAAUGAUUUAAAAAAAAGUUUGUAUUCGUGUAAGGCAGAUAUUAUAAGAUGGUCUCUUUCACUUGUUAUUAAGAAUGUGAAGAUGUUUUGAAACCAAAUGCAAUAAUGUGAUCUGUUAUAACUGUGUACUGAAUUUGUGAUAUGUGUUAUAAGGCAUAAUUAAGUGUGCGCCCUCAGUGUAAAAUUUUUCACUUGAAUAAUUUGAGGUUUUUAUUUGAUCAUAACUGGUGAUUAGGGAUCGUUUUUUUAUAAAACAAAAAACAGAAAUAACACUAGCAACUGCUGAUUUUUCAGAAUGAUCUCAAAGUGAACCUUAUCAUCUUCCACCUAAACACAAAAUACAAGGAGAUUCCUAAGAAGAAACUAAAGAAAAUAAUAAAAAUUAAAUAAAUAUACAAUGAACUAACGCCCUUUUGAAAGGAGAGGUGCUACCUUGGAAACUCUUUCGUAUGUUCAGGAAAUCUCACUUAGAGAAUUCUGAAAAAGUGUGGUACAGCUCACAAUUCAAUCAAACCGCUGAAUGUCUUUCUGUCUGCAUAAUAAAGUUAAAAUUCCAUUCAGUAUUGCAUGUAACUCGAACUUUGGUCUUAGAUGCUUCCUUAUUUCUGUUGAAAUUCGUGUGAUACUGUUCAAUAAGUUUUACUCCACUACCUUUCUACUUUUUGUUAUAAUUAUAUUUUCACAAUGUUUUCAUUUGUAUAGAACUGUUGAAUUUGAUAUAAUAUAUAUUUUGUUACGAGCAUA